AUGGAUUGCCCCUCAAACGUUGUGUUAUUGUUGCUGCAAUUAGUUUUGCAGCGCCAACAAACUCUAGCUCAUCGAGAUAAGUCGGUUGAUUUGCAAACGCUGUUAAAAGAUCCCGUCAUUGAUAAUGACGUACUAGUAGAGUUCAAGACACACAAGUUGGUGCAAUUAUAUGGCCCUCAAUACUGCCGCGACAUAUCUCUGAGAGGGCUCAAAACAAUGGUUACAGAUAUCUUCGCAAACGGAAUCCCAAAAAAUGCGCAAUCUUCAGGGAAUGAUCAACCAGUGACUGUAGUGGACCUGGCCAAUUACUACUACAUGCAGAGAAUCAAUGAGCUACAGAAUACAGAACUUCCUCAAUUGAAAGAGGCAUUGCUGACAAGGCUGGAGCACAUGAUCUAA